AUGUCCCAAACAGUCACGCUUACUCAGGCUGAAAAGCCGAUAAGCUAUGAUAUCAAUAUUCCUUACGUUAAAGUGUCUGACGAUUUGGAAAAAAAUGUGAAAUACCCUAAAUAUCUGCCUACAUGGGAUAAGAUCUGGUUUGACCCGCUGCAACCCUUUGAGUAUGAAGACCCCGCCUUGCGCGUGCAGGACAAGUCUAAGCCGAACCUGUUACCUGCUGGUACCAAAGUGUCGCAUAUCCAGCCGUGCAUCGGCAGUGUUGUGGAAGGGGUGCAAUUGAACAAGUUGUCCGAUGCGGCUAAAGAUGAGCUCGCACUCCUCAUUUCCGAGCGCAAGGUCGUCGCGUUCCCCGAACAAGACUUAAUUGACGCUGGACCCGAGGCGCAGUAUGAAUUCAUGCGGCAUUUCGGCAAACCGAAUUACCAGCCCAUUUCGGGGUCCAUGAAGGGAUACCCUGGCUUCCAUAUCAUCCACCGCGACGGCAAUGUGGACGAGAUCAACCGCUUCUUGGAGCAGCGAACCACGACAACGCUGUGGCACCAGGAUGUCAGCUAUGAGAUUCAGCCGCCGGCCUAUGUCCUGUUGGGUCUGCUGCAGGGUCCCGACGUUGGUGGAGACACCGUCUUUGCCGCGACAGACGCUGCAUACAAGAGACUAUCCCCCACUUUCCAAUCCUUCAUCGACGGACUCAAAGCUGUUCAUUCGUCGUCCAAGAUGAUCAACCAUGCCCGAUUGACCGGAGGGCUAGUGCGUAAAGAUUCGGUCCAGACUGUGCAUCCACUUGUACGGGUGCAUCCCGUGACUGGCGAGAAAUGUCUUUUUAUCAAUGGUGAAUUCAUCACUAAGAUCCAGGGUCUCAAAGAGCCCGAGUUCCAUACCAUGCAGGAAUUCCUCAUGCAGCACAUGAUCACGGGACAUGACUUCCAGGCUCGUGUCCGGUGGCAGCCGCGUACGAUUGUCAUGUUCGACAAUCGUUCGACGAUGCACUCCGCGGUAGUAGACUACAUUGACGAGGACACCGGCGCUAAGCCCCGACACAUUUUCCGACUCUGUGCACUGGGCGAGAAGCCAAUUCCAGUGAAUGCUAGAGAAAAGUGA